GGUUCACGCGCGUACUCCUCCAUCUUCUUGUCGUCAAUUGAGCGCCGUGACGUCAUAAUCCGGCGCCGGUUCAUCGCUCGGUGUGGUAGUUUGUUGAUUUAAACGAUUGAAAUAAUCGUUUUAAAAAUCAGAUGCCUCUUCCUCCAGCACUGCUGGCCCGUUUGGCCAAGAGGGGAAUAGUUAAACCUUCAGAUCAAGAAAUAGAGGAGGAGAUUAUCGCUGAAGAUUACGAUGACAACAAUGUUGACUAUGAAGCCACUCGGUUAGAAAAUCUUCCUCCAAACUGGUACAAAGUGUUCGACUCGGCGUGCGGUCUUCCUUAUUACUGGAACAUGGAGUCGGAUCUGGUUUCCUGGCUUUCCCCAAACGAUCCCACAGCAGUCAUUACAAAAGCUGCCAAAAAAACAAAAGACGGGGGCGAGGAAAGAGCUGAGAGACCGGCGUUUGAGAAGCCCGACAGAGAGCGAGAGCGCGACAGGGAGAGGGACAGGGAUCGAGAGCGGGACCGAGACCGGGACCGGGACCGAGAGAGGGACGAGGGGAGGGACCGGGACAGAAGACGGCAAAGAAAAGAAGACAUCGCACCGUACAGCAAGAACAAAAGAGGAAGAAAAAAUGAUGAUGAGAUGGACCCCAUGGAUCCCAGUGCUUAUUCUGAUGCUCCAAGGGGGUCGUGGUCAAGUGGUCUGCCAAAGCGAAAUGAAGCAAAGACGGGCGCCGACACCACAGCAGCCGGACCUUUGUUCCAGCAGCGGCCGUACCCCAGCCCCGGCGCCGUGCUUCGGGCCAACGCGGCCAACCAACCACCCAAGGAGUGAGCAGAAGACGGCAGACAUGCGCUGGUUUCUGUUUUUGUGGUGACUGGUGUUCCCCGUCAUUGUCACUCCUAUCAAAACUUGUAAAUAUGUUUUUACACCUGCAGAUCUGUUUCCUUUAGAAUCAUCAGUGAACAUAUGAAUAAAUUUGAAAAAAAAAGU